AUGGACGACCGUGUUGUUAUCAACGUCAGCGGAAUGACAUUUGAAACGAAAGAGGGGACAUUGAACCGUUUUCCAGACACGCUUCUUGGAAGUCCGUCGAGAAGGCAGCAGUACUAUAACCCUGUAGUACAGGAAUAUUUCUUUAAUCGUCACCGAGUGGCAUUCGAAUCAAUUUUAUUUUAUUACCAGUCUGGAGGACGACUUAUUUGGCCUGACGAUAUUCCUGCCAGCGUUUUUACGGAAGAAGUUGAAUUUUUCCAGUUAGGGGAACAAGCUUUGAAGAGUGUUGCAAGGUGUUUGUAUCAAAAUCGUCGUGCGCAACACGCUGAGCCACCGCAAUGGACAUUUCAACGCCGAGUUUGGAAUUUAUUCGAACAUCCCGACACCUCGAAUUUUGCCAGGGCUAUUGCGUUAUUCUCAGUACUCAUGAUCGCUACCUCCGUGCUUAUCUCAUGCCUUGAGACCUUGUGCCAAUUUAAAGGAUGCUGCACCGAGAAUAAGGAAUUGAUAGACGACAGCAGUAACGCAACGUUAAACAGCGAAAAAACUGAUCUGCCAAGUAAAGAACAGAAAAUUUGUACCCACGAAACUCCGGAAGUGUUCAUAGCCCUCGAAACGACUUGCUAUUCAUGGUUUUUACUUGAAUAUAUAGUACGCUUUGCGGCGGCACCAAAUCGACUGGAGUUUCUUCUAUCGCCUUUGAACUUUGUGGAUUUGAUAGCUAUUAUACCUUUUUUUACUAUUAUGAUCGGUGGGAAUCGCCGACUAGUGUCUUUGGCGGUUCCCCGAAUCGCUCGGCUUCUGAGAAUAUUUCGCAUUUUAAAACUAACUCGAUAUUCGAACGGACUGAAAAUUAUGAUGUAUACUUUACGUGCGAGCCUUAAUGAGCUAGAGAUGAUGAUAUUGUUUAUGUUUAUGAUAGUGAUUCUUUCCUCGAGUGCCGUUUUUUACACAGAUCUCGGAAUAGAUGGAAGUCAUUUUUCCAGCAUUCCUGACGCAUUCUGGUGGAGUGUUACGACAGUGAGUACCGUUGGAUACGGAGAUUAUUACCCCAUGACAAGUUUUGGAAAAGUUGUUGGUGGCGUUUGUGCUGUGUUUGGCGUUCUGGCGUUUUCUUUACCAGUCAUGGCCUUCGCGAAAAAUUUCAACGCUUAUCUGAAAGGCGAGCCGAUUCGUAGACACAUCGAGAGUAAAACUAGACGCACUCCAGGGAAGCGCAAAACAAAUGACUUAUCUUCCUAA